AUGACAGAGCACCCUCCUAAGCCACCACCGCCGCUAGUUCCUCUACGAUACCGGAAGCGCUCUAUUUACCUCCUCCUCUUCUACGCCCCCCUACUGAUAAUCCCCUGGGUCCUAACAUGCGUGCUCGCAGGUCCACCGGCGCCAAAUGGGGGAAAUGGGCAGCGUUAUUUCCCUCAGUCAGGGCUAUCAGCUAAUGGGGUAUUGUCGAUGCUGGGCUGGGUGGCUGCGGUGCGGACUCUUAAUUCCAUCGCCAGCGUUGUCACCAUUCCAGUGACAUCAGCACUCCUGGCACAGGCAGCGGUGGUGUACACGCAAAAGCGGAAGCCCAACCAAAAGCUCAGUUUGCGUCAGACCUUCGUCCUGGCGGACCGCCGGUGGUCUGAUCUAACUGUCCUUGUGGAAGCAUAUAGACGCACGGGAGCGGGAAUUAGUAGUCGUUUCCUAUGGCUUGGAAUGACCUUAAUUGUGCUCAGUGCCGCUCAACACCCAAUCCAGCAACUCCUCGUGUCCUGGCAGUCUGUCCCCGUAAUGACAUGCCUCGACAACCCCUCUGAGUCAUGCGGGUUGACGGGCCCAGUCGUGGUCGGUUAUGACCCUGAACCAGCGGACCUAGCCACCAUCCGUCAAAACCGUGUCGUCCAAGAGGUUAUGUCCAGCCUGGCCGUAUUCAACCAGUUAGACCGUGAGACGCAUCUGUGGCCCGAUCCGUCGUACUUGGCCGACGAAGACACCAGUCGCGCCGAUCCAACUUAUCGGCAGACAUUGUUUUACUGGAUGGACGAGAGGUCAAGCUCAAUCUCCAAGCAGUCGGACAAACCACCCAACUUCUUCGUUACUGCUCUCCAGAACGGGACCUCGACGGGGGUCCUCCGAGAGCAUGCCAUUAGGCUCAAUUCGUCUGCGGUCUGCGAAAAGAUUCCACGGGCCAAGUUCCCCUCGACCUGUCCUGGGAAACGUCCCUUUCAAACUUCUUUCUCCCACGCACUGCUCAAUGUCCGGGUAUGCGCUCCGGGACAGUACGGGGUAUUUCCCUGGACAUUGAGUCGGAAUAGGCAAGAUUUUAGCGAGGAUCUGUUCUUAGACGUGGUGGAUAAGAGAGAUUUAGGACUCUCAAUUGCCAGUUUCACACUUCACUGCACUGCAUCAACCACACGGGGGUAUUUUGAGCUGGCCAACUAUAUGAACUCCCAGGCAUAUGGCCCUCUGCUGGAUAAAUGGCCAGACGCCGAGACGAUGGCGGAGAAUUUCAACGACGAAUUAAGCACAUAUGCGGGGAAAGGUCACGGGCCUCCAACGGAACAAGACGAGACUGAAGGCUACCACGACCACUAUUCAAAUUUUUGGAACACGGGACCUGCCGAUCCGUAUGACACCAACAUGCUAAACAUGUCCGGUCCACUCAUGACAUCAGCCAUCGCUCUCUUCGGCAACCAGUCGUUUUUCGAAGUUGCAGCCAAUUCAUCCAAAAAGACGUUUCCGCCGGCAAUCCAGCAGAUCUGUCAACAAGGCCAGCUUCCCUUCUCCAAUCUAGCCUUCUCAAUAUUCACAGAUUUCCAGAGCAACUGCGCUGCCAUUGCCACAGAUCACGGUCGAUUGUCGUGGGAUAACUCCGAUCCCCAGGAGCUACUAGCGUCUCUCCUUGGUGACUGGUUUUAUUCGUUUAACGAUACGAAUUCGGCGGAGAUGGCUCUCCUAGCCAGCAUGUACAUUUCUAACCGAGCGAUGCUCACCCAAACCGCGACAGCAGCGCAUGCGUUCUCGGGGCGCGAGAUCCGGUUCGGUGCUGGGAUGCUAGUGCCUUUACCUCUAAAGACCCUUGCGGGUACGGUUAUCAUUAGCAUCUUGAUAUUUCUGCAGCUUUUGGGGCUUUCCAUCUUAACCUACUAUAUCUACCAGCUGCCUACGUGGACACACGCCCUGGACGCCGUGGAAGUUGCUCGAAUGGCCAUCGGACUCAAGGACUCUGUGAUGCCACCUUUAGCACGCGGAGGCGAAGUAGAUCUAGCCAAGUUAAAUAAGAUUGACGGGUUGGUGGGCUUGGAUGAAGAUAGGGCUAAUAUGGCACUGGGUGGACCAGGGGUGAUUACCCGAAGACAUGCAACGAAAUUGGAGAGCAAGCGGCAUGGAAAUGAUGGCUUUCGUAGAUAG